AUGUCUGAUGGGAAAAGGAUGUUUGACUGGUUUGCAUUACAUGUAGUUCGCUUUUACUGCCUGAGGCGCCUGACCAUGAUGUGGCUUGACAACAUGAUAUCAUAUACCCGCAGAGAUAUGGCCCAUCAUAUCCAUGCUGGGGGCGUUGCAAGCCGUCCUCUGCUAGAACCUUGCUUCCAGGGAUUUGUUUUGAUUAGAGAAGUUUUGUCCCGUUGCUUGGAGUUGGACAUCACGCAGAUCGGAUCUAUUGUUGCUAUUGCGGGAGUCCUACCAACGGCUUGGAGAUUCCUGCGCAGGACUUGGGAUGAAGCCUAUGCCUGGAUUAGGCAUUGUUUUCUAGCUUCAGUCACGAUACCCGGAGGGGAUCCUCUGAACAGGAGCGUCGUUGAAUGGAUCCUGGCAAACCGGCCACGUAACUAUCGGUCUUUUACGGGGCUCACAGAAGUAGGAAAUGUCGGUAUUGACCGGGCUGCUGCACUGAAGAAAACCCAACACCCAGUUCGCUAUUGUCCCCAUUGGGAUACCAGAUGGCUCUGGUGUAAUGGGAAUGCAUUCCUUGUGGUGCGCUCAAGUGAUAGCCAUAAUGUUUCUCUGUCAAAUCCCAAUUAUGACGGCAUUGGAGGAGAAGAACUUACGAUAAGCUGCUUCGGCUGGUCCGCAGAGCCUGUCAAACAGUUUAUCAAGGCCUGUCGAGACUAUGCCGAGACGCAGACCCAGUUUUUUGUCAUUAUUUACUCAAGGGACCGAUACGGGCUUGCGUGGCAGCCCAAAGCCCGGAAACCAAUCCGCCUCUUAGAUACCGUGCAUUUCGAUAAUAAAAUCAAGCAAGAGCUUCUCGCAGAUAUUCGAAAUUAUCUUGACCCCAGGACUCAGAAACGUUAUCAAACCCGGAGCAUGCCUUAUCGUAGAGGAUAUCUGUUCUACGGUCCACCUGGAACUGGAAAGUCAUCCUUGUCACUCGCUAUUGCGGGUGAGUUUGGUCUUGACCUUUACGAAGUUAAGAUUCCCAGUGUUGCUACCGAUGCAGACCUGGAACAGAUGUUUCAAGAUAUACCUCCAAAGUGUGUUGUCUUGUUGGAAGACAUUGAUGCCGUAUGGAUGGACCGCUCGAAUUCCCAAAAGAAUGUGCACGAUGGGCAACCUCUGCCGAAUUGCACUUUAUCUGGAUUGUUGAAUGUUUUGGAUGGUGUUGGGUCGCAAGAAGGCCGUAUUGUUAUCAUGACAACUAAUCGGCUGGAAGCUCUGGAUAGUGCAUUGGUCCGACCAGGACGCAUCGAUAUGAAGGUUUAUCUGGGCAACAUCAGCCAGAAGUCUAGUAAGGAGAUGUUUCUUCGCAUGUUCUCUCCAGACCUGGGGUUCAAAUCUUGCUUGGACAUGAACGAAAUUGACAACCUUGCGACUGAAUUUGCCAAUCAGAUACCAGAUGACAAAAUCACUCCCUCAUCUUUACAAGGGUUCUUCCAGCAGCAUUUAGACAGCCCCUAUGAAGCUGCUUCGCUGAUUGGCGGCUGGGUCAAGGAAGAACUUGCAAAGAACUCGGAUAAGGAGUUUGAGGUAAUAACCGGUAAUGAAAACGAAUCAUAG